GCUGAUGGCAACGGAUAAGUAAAAGGCGAGCUCCUCCGGACGCACGAGAACACACCGACUGAAGUUGAAGUAGCUCCCGUCUCUCCCCUAUUUCAAUUUGGACAAUCGCUACGGAUUUCAGGGUUCACAUUGGCUAAGGAAUUUAGGCACCAAAAGGAAGAGCGCAUUAACGCACGGUUUACAGAAAUCCAGCUUUGCAUUUGACCGUGCGUAGUUCCACAGCAUCGAGAUUAUUGGUAACCAUCUUAAUCUUUUCUUUGAUUAUUUAUACGAAGUUUCUAGUACUACUUCAAAACGAGGACGUGGAUAUUUUUGUCAAACUUUUUUUGCCAUUGCGCUGAUAGUCUAACUAAUGACGGCAGAGGUCCAGCAGCCCCCAGCGCAGACUCCUGCCCAGAGCAGCCCGAUGUCUGCCCCGGAGAAGCCCCAUGGACAGACCACUGUGAUGGAGACCGCCUCCUCCACCACCAAAACCAAAAAGACCAACGCGGGGAUCCGCCGUCCGGAGAAACCCCCCUACUCUUACAUUGCGCUGAUAGUCAUGGCUAUCCAGAGCUCUCCCACCAAACGCCUGACGCUCAGUGAAAUUUACCAGUUCCUCCAGAGCCGCUUCCCGUUUUUCAGAGGCUCUUACCAAGGAUGGAAGAAUUCCGUGCGUCACAACUUGUCCCUGAAUGAGUGCUUCAUAAAGCUGCCCAAGGGGCUCGGGCGGCCAGGGAAGGGCCACUACUGGACUAUCGACCCAGCCAGUGAGUUCAUGUUCGAGGAGGGAUCCUUCCGCAGGAGGCCGCGGGGCUUCAGGCGUAAAUGCCAGGCGCUGAAGCCCAUGUACAGCAUGAUGAACGGCCUGGGAUUCAACCACCUCCCCGAGUCCUAUAAUUUCCAGGGGAGCGGCGGGGGCCUGUCCUGUCCGCCCAACGGCUUGUCUUUGGACAGCGGAAUUGGGAUGAUGAAUGGACACUUGGCAGGCAACAUGGAGGGGAUGGGUCUGGCCGGGCACUCCAUGUCCCACUUGUCGGCCAACAGUGGACAUUCCUACAUGGGAAGCUGCACAGGAUCCACGGGGGGCGAGUACCCCCACCACGACAAUUCAGGCUCGCCCCUCCUCACCAGCGGGGGAGUGAUGGAGCCGCAUCCCGUCUACUCAAGCUCGGCCUGGGCUCAAGCGCCUUCAUCCUCUCUGAAUAACGGAGGUUCUUACAUCAAGCAGCAGCCACUGUCUCCCUGCAACCCCGGGGCGAACCCGCUGCAGCCCAGUUUACCCACGCAUUCCCUAGACCAAUAUAAUCUUCAUCAGAACGGACACAGUAACACGGAUUUGCAAGGUAUUCCACGGUACCAUUCCCAGUCUCCCAGUAUGUGUGACCGGAAGGAGUUCGUCUUCUCCUUCAACGCGAUGACGUCCUCAACGAUGCAUUCGCCCAGCAGCAGUUCCUACUAUCAUCACCAACAGGUCGCCUAUCAGGACAUCAAGCCCUGCGUCAUGUGACAGCACUUACAGUGAAUAACGGACAUCACUGACUUGAGCCACUAAAGCCAAAGCGGCUGCAAGGCUGAGACGAGGAAGCAACCCAACCCUUGGAGGUAGGAGAGAAGGCAGGCCCUGGAGCGCUGUAAGAGAAGCAACAGUAACGCCAGAGAACCCAUAAACUAAACAACUUUUCACACAAAAAAAAGGAUUUGGUACAGAGACAUAAAUACGUGCAAAUGCAGAUUUAGUUCAACUUCAAUGUUUAUCUGUGUCAGAAACCAAAAAGGGUGUGGAAAUACCACAGAACAACCUUGUGGUGUAGGCCUAAGCUGUGGGCUAUUUUCAAGAAAUGUCUGUGUGCCACACAAGAGGUAAAGCAGAGACCGGUUGACACUCACCUCAUGCAUCUCAACCCCAGCUGCCGCUUGGUACUAUAACUCUGCAGGCGGAUGACUACCACUUGAGAAUAUUUUACAAUGUACAAUAAUGUGUAUUAUUUUUGUUAUGCAUUCAAACGAUAUACUGCGGGGACAAUUUCAUUGGUAAUUUAUCCGGGUUAGGCUACUCGGCUCCAUCGAAAUGAUAGUUAGAUUUUUAUUAGAUUUUCUGAGCCGUUUGGACUAAGCUAUUAGGCUACACCACGCAUUACACAUUUUUAAAUCAACAACAAGACGAUCUGAAUUAAGGAAAGAUGAAGGCACUUUUUAAAUAGUAAAGCGCAACUUCUUAUUUAUUCUGUGCAUAUUUUUAAAUGUACACUUAUAGCCACAAUAUUGAAGUAUGCUUUAUUGGCAAUAUUUGCCAUGACGCGUUCUUAUUUGUUUUAAAACGGAAAUUGAAGAUAUAGAUGUAAGCACUGUUAGUUACAUGUCUAUUUAGGAUAAGUUACAUGUCUAUUUAGGUGUAUAUAUCCGUGUAGACACCCGUUAUUUUUCAGCACUGUAUAAAUUGUAAAUGAUGUUAUGCUGAGUAUUGGCAUACUCGAGUGUCUUUAGAUUAGUCUGUAUAUUACUACACACGAUUUGUAAAAUUAAACGUAUUGGCAUGCAGUUUGUUUAACUGGC